AUGUAUGCAUCAUUUGAAGGUUCUAGCACCCUUCCUACAAACACCAGUGCAGUACCUCUCGACUCUGCUACGAAUGGGACCAAUAUAUUUUUCCAGGGUUUGCAGCUGGUGCAGCGACUCAAAUUGCUGAUCAUCCUGUUGUACACAGGGGUGGUCAUUAUCGGGAUGGUAGGUAACUGCCUCCUGGUCCAUGUCAUUCUGCAUGUCAAGAAGAUGCACAAUGUCACCAACUUCCUCAUUGGGAACCUAGCCCUUUCCGAUGUGGCGAUGUGCACCACAUGCGUCCCACUUACUCUUGCCUAUGUUUUUGAGCCACGGGGAUGGAUUUUUGGCAGCGCAAUGUGCUAUUUUGUCUACUUCAUGCAGCCGGUGACUGUUUAUGUCUCUAUCUUCACCUUGGUCACCAUUGCAGUUGACCGAUACAUUGUCAUUAUACACCCUUUGCGACGCCGUGUCUCCCUUCAGCUUAGUGCCUAUAUGAUCCUCUUUAUCUGGAUUUUGUCCUGCUGCUUAGCCUUGCCAGCUAUGGCACACACCUAUUAUGUGGAGCUGGAUCAGCAAGGCGUCAUCCUAUGUGAGGAGUUCUGGGGGGAGCAAGAACACCAAAGACAAACCUAUGCUUUGUGUCUGCUGCUCAUUACUUAUUUUUUUCCUUUGCUGGCCAUCCUCAUAUCCUACAUCAAGAUCUCCCUCAAACUAAAAAACAGGGUGAUGCCGGGCAGUGUCACUAAAAACCAGGCAGACUGGGACAGAGCUAGGCGGAAAAGGACCUUCUGCUUGUUGGUCAUAGUAGUGGUGGUCUUUGGAGUUUGCUGGCUUCCCCUUCAUGCCUUCAACUUUAUUCGGGACGUUAACAUUAAUGCCAUUGACGCUUAUUAUUUCAGCCUUAUCCAACUGGUUUGCCAUUGGUUUGCUAUGAGUUCUGCCUGUUAUAACCCCUUCAUAUAUGCCUGGCUUCACGAUAGCUUUAGGGAAGAACUUAAAAAAUUACUUGCCUGGCCCAGGAAAGUAGUUCCCUCUGGGCAAAGUGCAACUGUGAGUGUUGUUAUCUGA